AUGUCGACUGUCGCAGCUCCCACCUCAACCCACGGCCAUGAUUUGGUUCGUCGCGGUUCCUCGCACAGCUCAAACCAUCUCGCUCUGGAGGAUCGGUUUGAGGUGUUGAAAGAAAUCGGAGAUGGAAGCUUCGGUAGUGUGGUGCUCGCGAGGGUGCGAAGUGCUGGAUCUAAUGUAGCACGGAGAGGCACAGUGGUUGCUAUUAAGACGAUGAAGAAGACAUUCGAGUCUUUCACCCCGUGUCUUGAGCUCCGCGAAGUGGUUUUUCUCCGAACCUUGCCCGCCCACAGCCACCUCGUUCCAGCGCUCGACAUCUUUCUCGAUCCCUACAGCAAGAAGCUCCAUAUCUGUAUGGAGUACAUGGAGGGCAAUUUGUACCAGCUCAUGAAGGCACGAGACCACAAGUGCCUUGAUAAUGCCAGCGUCAAGAGCAUUUUAUUCCAGAUCAUGCAAGGUCUGGAGCAUAUCCAUGCCCAUAAUUUCUUCCAUCGCGACAUCAAGCCUGAGAAUAUCCUCGUUUCUACCUCGGGCCACUCUGACUCCUCCAACUCAUUCCGCCGGUACUCGGCUCUUGUAACACCGCCAUCCACGCCGCCGACAUAUUCCGUCAAGAUCGCCGAUUUUGGGCUCGCUAGAGAAACGCAUUCUAAGCUUCCCUACACCACGUACGUGUCUACGAGAUGGUAUCGUGCUCCGGAGGUCCUUUUGAGGGCAGGUGAAUAUUCGGCCCCCGUCGAUAUUUGGGCCGUCGGCGCCAUGGCCGUCGAGGUAGCCACGUUAAAGCCCCUGUUCCCUGGUGGCAAUGAGGUUGAUCAGGUUUGGAGGGUGUGUGAGAUCAUGGGAAGCCCCGGAAAUUGGUACAACAAGGCGGGCGCUCGGGUCGGAGGUGGUGAAUGGAGGGAGGGGACGCGGUUGGCUGGGAAGCUCGGUUUCUCGUUCCCCAAGAUGGCCCCCCAUUCCAUGGAUACAAUCCUCCAGUCUCCCCAGUGGCCCGCUUCACUGAGCCAUUUCGUCACUUGGUGUCUUAUGUGGGAUCCUAAGAACCGACCCACGUCGAGCCAGGCGCUCGCACACGAGUACUUUACCGACGCUGUCGAUCCUUUACGACCCAAGUCAUCCGCGUCGAGGAUUUUGGGUCGCAAGCAGUCCAACAUUGAUCAUAACCGUUCCUCGAAGGAUACUGUUGCAACUCUCUCUACCACCGGAAAGCAGUCCUGGUUCCGGAAGUCAUUAAUUGGCCGCUCCGAAGGCAUCGCCGAUCCCGUUGUGACGCCGGUUAUGACAAAGGAGAGUUCUGCUCCUCGCCCUUCACCCGUCCCCUCAGCAACGGUCAACAAUGAAGUCCCGGUUGCGAAGACGAGGACAACGGCCGCGAAGAGGACGACCUGGGUUAACGGUCCGUCCAACGUUGCCCCGAUGCCCAUUCUCCCUACCAUCCGACCCAUUUCUCCCCUUUCCGACGCCGUUACAGCCCAGGCAAACAACGCGGCGCCCUAUAACGAACAGCAACUCGGUGUGGAUGGAAAAUCGGGUAAGAAGAUUGGCAGGCAGCUGUCAGUAGCGUCGAGCACGAACCACUACGCCGAGAUGCACAGGCAACAAGCUGAGAGGGCGCUUAACGGCCACACGGGUCUAAUCUCGCCACCAAGCGCUCAAAAGGAGAGCUUUUUCUCUCACCUUCGGAAGAGAGCACGACGGUUCUCUGGGAGGCACCAGACGCCCAUCUCUCCUACGUACGAUGACUUGGAAGCUCAGGUGGGAUGUGGACCCUGGGCCAGCAAUAGGUCGUCAAUGAUCAUGGAUGCCCAGGCACAUCCGCCCCCGAAGCAUGAGGUCUACGAGUCUCUUGAUAAGGCUUUGAGGGACGUUCAACAGCACGAGUCCCUCCGACCACCCGUCCCACCAGCGCACCAAAUUGCGGCUACGACUGGUAUCAAGAGGCACCACUCUUUGCCCAAGUAUCAGCAGCCAAGGUCUGUCGAUAACCUCCUUGGCGCAGCUCGGGCAGGCGCAGGGCCAGUGUCCAGUCGAACUCGACGAUCCCAAGCGGCUCAGGGUAUGCGACAAUAUGACGCUCCGGACGAAGAGGACGAACUUCUCGACGAGGUUUUGAGCUCAACCCGACACGCUAUUCACCGAUUAGAAAAGGAUGGAAAGCCUGCCCUUCGGCAAUCAGCUAGCAGCGCGGCGAUAUCGAACCCGUAUCCGACCCCAUCUCCCUCGGCUAGCGGCAACGCGGUUCUCUUCGGCGAUGGACAGGCAGUCACUCCCAAACCCCUCAACCUCGCAAAGAAGCCAAGCGGAACCGAGAACAAAUGGCCUACACCUCCAUAUGAAGAGAGUGAGUGGGCGGCUUCAGCCGCAGCCAGCAUCUGGGCAGCUAGCAACCGCUUUUAA